AUGUUUGUGCUUAAGAACGUCGGCAAGUUCAUUUUCGGCUCUAGCAGUAGCCAGGAGGUUCUUAUCGAACUCCCUCAAGGCCAGCUUUACCUCGUUAGACCCAACUCGCCCAAGGGAUACUCCGAGCUCAUCUUCAAGGACUCGGCCGUCCGUAUCCGAAGGACCGCCCAAGAUUUCCAGUACCAGCUCGUCGUCCAGCGUGUUUACGAGGAAGGCGAAGCCGAGCUCUUGGCCGAAGAGGAAGGUGACGACGCGGAAAUCGACGCCCUCGCCGCAGAAGGAGACGAAAAGACUUUCCUCCUUGACGAAGCCCUACACUUUCGGGUCGAGAGCCGUGAAGGUUCCGAAAAGGUUCUUGCCUGGAGAGAUCUGAGUGGUGACACUGGUGACGUCUACGAAUUCGUCUGCGACCGCUCGGUUUCUUCGUCCCAAGCCGACGACUUCCUCCUCAUUGCACAGCAGUGCCAGUACGAGCGCAAGUACCGAAAGCCUCACACCACGGCGUCCGACGACGACUUCGAGCAAUUCAUCUUCGAAGACGAGCAACCGAUACCCCCUGCGAGCCCUAUUCAUAGUCCCGUCUUGACGAGAUCGAUCGAUUCAUUUGACGCCAUGGCUACACCGAAGCGGGUAGUUAGCGCUAAUACCAGUGCGAAGAGAGACGCCACUCCCGUUAUCGCCACCCCGGAGAAGCGCGACGUGGAGACCCCUCCCAGGUCUGCGGGGCCACCCAAAGCUCUCGAGACAUAUGCCGUGGAGAACGCCGAGCUGCACUUUUACGAUUUCCCGUCCGGAUCGUUUGUUAGCCAGGAUGAGUCUGUGACUUGCACCGUCAUUGAAACCGGCCGGUGGGAGUACUGGAUGCAGGUAGAUGGCAAGGAUAAGUCCUGGCUCGGCAUCCCGAUUACCGCCGAUGUCAAUCCGGUGUUCAAUUUUGAAUACCUCUCCUUCAUCUUCAACCAGUUCACGCCUGAUGGCCAGGCCUUCUCGUGGCUUCUCCGCUUCAAGGAUCAAGCCACGCUGGAGCGAUUCCAGGAGGCGGUUCUCCGCUGCCUAUGGGAGCAACUGAACCAGAUGAAAUGGGAGAAAGUCAAGGAGAAGGACCGGGAGUACGUUGCUGAGGCUUUUGCCGACCUCGCCAUGGAGGAUGCCGAGGCGGAGGAGGCGGAGGAGGAAGAAGAAGAAGAGGAGGAGGAGGAGGAAUCCGAGCCCGAAGAGGAUACGAGGCCUCGAAGCGAGCACUAUGACAGCGACGAAGAGCAAGACGAUACCGAGACGGCCGAGGAUGAUGGCAACAUCAACUCCCAGCUCGCCGUCGGUUACAAGCACGACAGGUCGUUUGUCGUUCGCGGAUCCAAGAUUGGUGUUUUCAAGCACACGCCUAACAACAACCUCGAGUUCUCGACGAAUAUUUCAAAGGUCGAAACCCCCAAGGGCAAACUCUUUAGUCCCAAGAAGGUUAUGCUUCACAACGAGGAUCAAGAUAUGAUCCUGCAGCAUAGCGGCGAACCCAACAAACUUUACCGUAUGGACCUGGAGUAUGGCAAGGUGGUUGACGAGUGGAAUGUCCACGAUGACAUCCCUGUCUCCGCUUUCGCGCCGGACAAGAAGUUCUCUCAAAUGACGAGCGAACCCACGUUCCUCGGUAUCUCGCACAAUGCUCUCUACCGAAUCGAUCCUCGUCUUGCAGGCUCCAAGCUAGUCGACACCCAGCUCAAGCAGUACGCUUCCAAGAACGACUUCUCGGCGCUGGCUGCCACGGAGAAGGGCCACAUUGCCGUCGCCAGCAACAAGGGAGAUAUCCGCCUGUUCGAUCGGCUAGGCAUCAACGCCAAGACGCACAUUCCCGCUCUGGGUGAGGCAAUCAUCGGCCUCGACGUGUCAGCCGACGGUCGAUGGGUUCUGGCCACGUGCAGGACCUACCUCCUCCUGGUCGAUGCGCUGCAAAAGUCGGGUAAGAACGAGGGCAAGCUCGGCUUCGAGAAGUCGUUCGCCGCCGACGCCAAGCCCCAGCCCCGCCGGUUGGCGCUGACACCCGAGCAUGUGGCGCAGUUCGCCUACGAGACAGGACAGGGCGUGUCCUUCACGCCGGCCAAGUUCAAUGCGGGGACCAACUCAGAGGAGACGAGCGUCAUCACGGCCACGGGGCCGUACAUUAUCGAGUGGAACCUCAAGAAGAUCCUUCGAGGCGCCAAGGCUCCCUACAUGAUCAAGCGGUAUACCGAGGACGUCAAGGCCGACGAUUUCAAGUUCGGCACGGAUAAGAACGUCAUCGUGGCGCUGCCCAACGAGGUGAACAUGGUGGGCAAGCAGAGCUUGAAGAAGCCGACGCGGGAGAGCAUUGCCGGUGGAUUCCAGCGGUUGGGUACGCCGCGGCGGAGCACCGGGGUUCGUGGAAGUGCGAGGUUUAGGCUCGACCGGGAGGAUGUGGUGGAUUCGCCUUAUUAA